UGUGCUGCUUUGUCUUUUAUUCCACGUCGCCUGAUCUCUAAGAACCGUCUUUUUUUGUCCCCUCACUUUCUCUCUCUCCCUCUCUCUCUCUCUCUCUUCCCCCAGACAAACACGAAGACGGGUCUGCAGAGUCUCUUUAUCUCGCGCGUCGCUUGUGUUACCCCUGAAAUACCGAGCUUCCCCGCCCCCUCGCACCUCUUUGCUUCACAUCAACGAUCUUUUGCGCAGCCUAACCUCUUUGCGACGCACAAUCGUUCGCGUACUUUUUUGCCUGUCACCUUCCCUCGGUGACUAUCCCGAGAGAAGAACAAAAAAAGAACUCAUUGAGCCAACAACCCUCAAGCAGCAUAAAAAAAGAGGUAACCCCACUGCAAUCAUGUCGGAUCUCCAGGGUCGCAAGAUAUUCAAGGUGUUCAACCAGGACUUUAUCGUGGACGAGCGUUACACUGUCACCAAGGAACUCGGUCAGGGAGCCUACGGCAUCGUGUGCGCCGCCGUUAAUAACCAGACGUCUGAGGGUGUUGCCAUCAAGAAGGUCACCAAUGUUUUCAGCAAGAAAAUCCUGGCCAAGCGCGCCUUGCGCGAGAUCAAGCUCCUGCAGCAUUUCCGUGGCCACCGUAACAUUACCUGUCUCUAUGACAUGGACAUACCCCGCCCAGAUAACUUCAACGAGACCUAUCUCUAUGAAGAGCUGAUGGAGUGCGAUCUGGCUGCCAUCAUCCGAUCAGGCCAGCCAUUGACCGAUGCGCACUUCCAGUCUUUCAUCUACCAGAUUCUCUGCGGCCUCAAGUACAUACACUCAGCAAAUGUGCUGCACCGCGAUUUGAAACCCGGAAACUUGCUCGUCAAUGCGGAUUGCGAGCUGAAGAUUUGCGACUUUGGUCUUGCGCGUGGCUUCUCGGUCGACCCUGAGGAGAACGCCGGUUACAUGACUGAAUAUGUGGCUACCCGAUGGUACCGUGCCCCUGAGAUUAUGUUGAGCUUCCAGAGCUACACAAAAGCCAUCGAUGUAUGGUCGGUUGGAUGUAUUUUGGCAGAGCUGCUAGGAGGCCGGCCUUUCUUCAAGGGGCGUGAUUACGUCGACCAGCUCAACCAGAUCCUUCAUAUUCUCGGCACACCAAACGAGGAGACUCUCUCGCGAAUUGGAUCCCCGAGGGCCCAGGAGUACGUCCGUAACCUGCCUUUCAUGGCCAAGAAGCCGUUCCCGACACUCUUUCCCAACGCCAACCCCGACGCGCUGGACCUUCUCGACCGCAUGCUGGCGUUCGACCCCUCAUCCCGUAUCUCGGUUGAGCAGGCGCUCGAGCACCCGUACCUCCACAUCUGGCACGACGCCUCCGACGAGCCCGACUGCCCAACCACCUUCAACUUCGACUUUGAGGUCGUCGAGGACGUCGGUGAGAUGCGCAAGAUGAUCCUGGAUGAGGUCUACCGCUUCCGCCAGCUUGUGCGCACCGCCCCUGGUGCGGGCGGCCACGGUGCACCCCACGCGCCUCAAGUGCCGAUCCCUGCAGGUGCCGGUCAGGGUCAAUGGAAGGCCGAGGACCCGCGCCCGCAAGAGUACGUUGGUCAGAUGAACGAUCUAGAGGCUGAGCUUGCCGGCGGUUUGGAUCAGAGGAGGUGAGCGGGUCUCUCUAUGGAGAGGGCAUGAUACACUGCUGCUGGGCAGAAAUGACCUCUUUAUAUAUUAUCUCUUUUUAUAUUUUUUUUCUCUCGUUUAUUCAAGACGACGGUGGCAAACUGGUAGCCUAUCUAUUUAUUUAGCCUGCUUUGGGUCUGCAGACCUUGUUUGAUUUGUGUUCAGCAGCGAAACAAAUUCCUGAUUAGGUGCUCUAAGGAGUCAAGAGUCGGUUUCUUUUUUUAAAUGUUUUCUCAACAUUUUGAACUGGGUGGGUUUCAAAGUACACGCAAAGAUGAGAUUAUAGCCACAGUGAAC